AUGAAAAACAAAAAAAAAUUUGAAUUAGUAUUGGAAUCAAAUGGAAUAUCAACUAGGAUAUCAUUUUACGAUCCGGAAUUCGUCGGUCCCAUUGGAAAUUUAACGACUCCCAUUGGAAGAGAAGCCGUACUUUCAUGUCGUGUAAAACACUUGGGUAAUUAUAAGGUCGGAUGGUUAAAAGCCGAAGAUCAAACGAUAUUAACGCUUGAUAACAGAGUCGUUACGCAUAAUUCUAGAAUAAGCGUAACGCACGAUCAUUCCCGACAGGUUUGGCAAUUGCACAUAAGACAAGUUAAAGAAUCUGACAGAGGAUGUUACAUGUGUCAAAUAAAUACAAAUAAAAUGAAGAAACAAGUCGGAUGCGUAGACGUUCACGUUCCGCCAGACAUAUUAAAUGGAGAAACGAGUCCGGAUUUAUCAGUUCAAGAAGGAGAUAAUUCAACGUUAUUAUGUCGAGCUACUGGACAUCCUCCCCCACGUGUCACAUGGAGAAGAGAAGAUGGAGAACCUAUUAUUUUAAGAACGGGUCCGAGAAAUUCAACCAAAGUUGAUGUUUAUAACGGUAACGCUUUACAUUUUUGGAGAGUCGAAAGAAGACAAAUGGGAGCUUAUUUAUGUAUCGCAUCCAAUGAUGUUCCUCCAGCUGUGAGCAAAAGAGUCAUUUUCAACGUUAACUUUGCUCCCGUUAUUAAAGUACCCAAUCAAUUAUUGGGUGCUCCAUUGGGUACAAACGUACAAUUGGAAUGUUACGUCGAAGCUUUUCCAAACACAAUCAAUUACUGGUUAAAAAAUCAAGGAGAAAUGCUUUUAGACGGGUAA